AUGGUUCAACAACACACUCAUUGUAGUACAAGUUAUUGUCAUAGAAAGAAGUCAAAUGAAACAGAGUUGAAAUGUAGAUUUCAUUUCCUUAUUUGUCCUAAGACAAAAUUAGAAUUUGAAAAAAAUCAUACUUCAGGUGGUAAUGAACAUUAUCGAGCUAAGAUUGUGACUAAACGAAAUGACUCUAGGUUAAAUAACCACCAACAACUUCAGCUCCAAGGAUGGAGAGCUAACUGUGAUAUUCAAGUUGUGAUAUUCAAGUUGUUAUUGGUGACUAUACUUGUGUUGAAUAUCUCACAAAAUAUACAGCUAAAGGUGAACCAAGAUCACCUAUUUUGAAACAGGCAUUCAAUUCUAUUGUGCAAAAUGUUGACAGUAACACUGACCCUCAUAGAGUUAUUAAGAAGGUAGUUAUGAAAUCUCUUGGUGAAAGAGAUUAUGCAGCUCAAGAGACCAUGCAUAAUUUGUUGUCUUUAAAACUCCACAGCUCAUCCUCUAAAGUGAUGCCAGUUAGUCUAAAUGGUUCACGUAAAGUGUUCAAUACUGCAAGUAUUGAUGAGGGUGAAUCGUGCACCGAUUAUCCACUUCUUGAUGUGUUAUGCUAA